AUGCAGUGCGAGUACAAUCUUUACACAAUGCUCUCAUCAAGUUCCCAAAUGGAGUACACCCAGACUAAUGGAUCUUCACCCACUACUAACGGGGUCCAAACCGCCGCAUCACUGUCAAUUUGGCAGCAAUCAAACCCCUCAAACAAUCUCAUGUUGCCUUUCGAACAAGGGUCUUAUGGGGCUGGUAUUGGUGGUAGCCAUAGCCAUGGUGGUGGAGUGGACAUUUCUAAUGUGAUCUACUUCAACAAUGUUAAUGGGAAUGGUGUGCUGGGGAAUGUGGUCCGCAAUGGUGGCCAAGUUCCUCGGAGGCGCAGGAAUGUAAUGGAGGCCCUUGAGGAGUUGGAAGAGAGGAAGCGACAGAGAAAGAUAAAGAAUCGUGAAUCAGCUGCUCGUUCGAGAGCAAGAAAGCAGGCCUAUACCUGUCAGCUGGAUAUUUCUGUUGCAGAACUGAAGGAGGAGAAUGCUCGACUUAAAAACGAACUGUUAUUUACAGAGCUCCUUGCGGAAACACAAGUGCAGCCCCGAAAACCCUUGAAGAGGAGUGCCUCGGCUAAAUUCUGA